AUGGCCUCUCUGGGGGAGAAACCAUAUAAAUGCCUGGAGUGUGGAAAAUCUUUCAGUAGGCCUUCACUCCUUACUGUCCAUCAAAGAAUUCACACAGGCGAGAAACCAUAUAAAUGCUUGGAGUGCGGGAAAAGCUUCAGACAUAAACUCAGUCUUACAUUACAUCAAAGGAUUCACACAGGAGAGAAACCAUAUCAAUGCCUGGAGUGUGGGAAAAGCUUCAGUUGGAAAGACAGUCUUACUUCCCAUCAAGGAAUUCAUCACACAGGGAAGAAACCAUAUCAAUGCCUGGAGUGUGGGAAAAGCUUCAGUCGGAAUGACAGUCUUACUUCCCACCAAAGAAUUCACACAGGGGAGAAACCAUAUCAAUGCCUGGAGUGUGGCAAAAGCUUCAAUCGAAAAGACAGUCUUACUUCCCACAAAAAAAUCCACACAGGUGAGAAACCGUAUACGUGCCUGGAGUGUGGGAAAAGCUUCAGUAAUGGUGGAGGCCUUACUUCCCAUCACAGAAUUCACACAGGGGAGAAACCAUAUAAAUGCCUGGAGUGUGGAAAAAGCUUCAGUCAGAGUGGAAACCUUACUUCUCACCAACGAACUCACACAGGGGAGAAACCAUAUAAAUGCCUGGAAUGUGGGAAAAGCUUCAGUGACAAUGGAAGCCUUACUUCUCAUCAAAAGAUUCACACAGGGGAGAAACCAUAUAAAUGCCUGGAGUGUGGGAAAAACUUCCGUAAGAGAUCACACGUAACUGCUCAUCAACAGACUCACACAGGGGAUAUACCAUAUAAAUGCCUGGAGUGUGAGAAAAGCUUCAGUCAGAGAUCAAACCUUAAGCGACAUCAAAGAGUCCACACGGGAGAAGCCAUAUAA